GAAUGUCGUUCCCUUUGGCUUGUGAGCGUUCAACUGUCAAAACGGAAUUUUGAGGAGCUGAUUUGACAUUUCGUCUCAAUGUUUUGAAGUCACAACAAGAAGGCGAUCGAAAACUGACAUAACGGUCGCCGUCAGACGCAAGCCUGAAACGGGACAAUUGACGAGUCUUGCGGGCGCUGUCAACGUCGAACUGUCGAAAAUUUUCCCGUCUUAACUUGGUGGAUUGAUUGGUUGGGAUGCGUAUAUUGUGGACGGUAUCGCAUUUCUAGAGAGGAAGGGAGUGAGUCGCUUUGGUUGUCUCGAUUUGUGUCUAAUUUGUUGAUUGGUAUCGGAACGUUCUGCAAUGACAUAAUUUCGUUCUGUUUUGCUGUUGGGUGUGUGCAAGGCGUUCCGAAUGUAAUGUGAAAUGUUGAAUAGGGAAUAGCAAAGAAAGUAGAACGAGUCCUUUUUGUGUGGAAGAUAUAAGUGAGGAAGAGGCGCGCGGACGAGUUUUUGUUUAGUGUAUGUCGACGUGCGGUCGUCACCUAAUUAAAUAAUGUGUGGGAAGGAACAAUAUGACAUCAACAUCAUCAUCAGUUUCGCGCUGUGUCCUAAUUUCCGUGGACUCUAAUGGAUUAGUUAAGAGCUAGGGCUCGGCGAAUCGUUUCAUUGUUGAACGCAUUCAAUGGCGAGUGCAAUAAAUAUAUUUUGUUGCGUUUAGUCUCACGGUAACGGUCGGCAGAUUUAAGUGGUACUGAAACAGUAGGGAAGGCGGACGCAGAAGCACUGUGCACCCGAAACCUAGAAGUAUCCCAAGAUGGUAAAAGUGAUAUCAGCAUAUAACUUCCAGCAGCAGAACACCUAUCCUGCUAGCGGCGACAUCGCUGCGAGCUGCUUGAUUGGUCCGAACCGGUUGGCUAUAGCUCAUCGGAAUCAUCUAAUUGAAAUUUUAACAUUGAGCUCUAGUCGCGGUAGAGUUUGCAAAGACCCAGCAAACAGCAGUUCGGAUAGCAGGUUCGCAGCUGGAAAUGGAGAUGGAUGUGAUCGAGUCGAGGACCGCCGGUGCUACAUUGACCAAAAUGAUAACUGUCAACCCACAAAAAUUGCAUUUCCCACAAUUGAUCUGGUGGAGCAGCUUUACUUUUGUGCAGCAGGGAACUACCUUCUCACUCUGGAACACAAAGCGGAUGCUAAGCUGGAUCGAAUCAAACAGCGGACGUUCGUUCGCGCCUAUACUAAUUUCGAUAUCGCUAGUUCAGUAGAUGAUUGUUUCUCUGUCCCGAUACGAGCGCGCAUCGCCUCGAAAACUACCCCGAACGUGACCUGUGGUGACCACAUUGAAGUCAUUGAAAUACCAAUCAGCAACGAAAUACCUGCACCACCUCAUCUGGUGACCUGUUGCCAGACAUCAGGAACCAUUGCUGUAUGCUGUGAACAACAGAUUCAUUUCUAUGAGUGUCGACGUCGGACCAAUGAUGCCAACAAAUUUCAAUUCAUUGAUUUCUUCGAAGCCCCAUUCUACAUCCAGUUGGAUUUCAAACCUUUCAAGAUAUCUUUAAGUGAGCAUGUAAUAUCCUGUAUGGAUGCAUCAACUGUCGCCGCGUUCAAAAUUGUCGAUUUGGGUGACAUAGGUACUGAAGAUGGUACAACGACAAACAGUAUAGAAACAGAUAGCUCAACGAAUCCUACUGGACAGCACAAUCCAUCGCAUCAAUAUAGCUAUGGGAACUAUUUCUCGUCUUCCAAUCAAAGACGCAACAAAACUAUUGACUUCGAAGUUGCAAAGCAAUACAAUCAAGCAAACGGUGUUAAAUUUCAAACUGAUAUUCGCUCGAAUUGGGAUCACGACAGUCACCGGCAGUCCUCAUUCUCCGAAGAUCGGCCGUAUUUGGUUAAUGAUGUGAAGAUCAUGCUGAAAAGUACCAAUGAAAAUAUUUCGUCGAACGAUCGAAUCUUCUACUCAGUACGUUCGCUCGUACAGCUUCGUCUUCAUCAACAAAACGAACUGUCAAACUAUCGGAACACUUCGGAUGGUGGGGUAGGGUGCGGCGUUGCGACAAUACAUGACGAAUUCCGUUGCAUGGCACUGAAACCCAUCUAUUUCAAACUGAACCAAAGUCAGUCACCAAGCGAUCAUCAGCAUCAGAAUAACAUAACGCAUCAUUCCUAUGACUUCGUUGAGAAGGGAUUGAUUGGUGGAGAAGGAGUGGCUGAUAGUAAUGGUGGACAUUUCAUGAAAUCUAGUUACCAUGGAAAUUGUAUUGGCUUCACGCUGUUUAUAUCAACGGUUUCUGAUGGCUAUGUGUAUCAGUUUACGAACCAAGGCAAGUGGUAUACGGAAAAUACAAAAUGUUUAGCUGUCUAUCCGUUCACCUCGCCUGUGGUUGAUGUUAUUAUUGAUAAUUUUGUUGUUCAUGCAAUAACUGAGAAUGGAAUUGAAACGUUUUCCUCACGAAUAGGUCAUAAGUUAUUUUCUAGCUAUUUCGAAUAUCCAAUGAUAACGGAUCCGUAUCCAAAUGAGACGAGUCCUCUUGUCGAUGUGCCAAUUUGUGUUAUGGGUAUUUGUGGCUUUUUUGGUAUUAGGCAUGUUGCAUCCACAUCAAAAAACCUAGUACUUCUAACAACAGAUAAUGAACCGGCUCGAAGCCUUUCAGCUCCUACUUCCAAACGAUCAACAGCAUCAUCUGGAACUCCAGGCGCGGUUUCUACCGGUCGAAGUAGUAAUCUCGUCUCAUCAUUCGCUGGACAUGGAAACAACAACAUCAUUUCCUCAUCAAAUGAAAUUCUAGACUGGACAAUUUAUGAUUUAGAGCUACCAAAACCUGAAGUGCUUGUCGACGAUAUUGUGAAUUUGGCGCGCAUCUACCGUCAAAAUAGUCCCGAGAUUUAUUAUGAACUUAUUGAAGAAGCUCACGUAAUUAUUCGUCUUGCGCGAGAAUUCCUCUCCAUUCCAACUAGCUAUGAUUAUUGUGAUGAUGCUAACGGAAGCAGUGCAACAUCUCCUAUCGAAUCUCAGGACGAAUAUACCAAAAUCUUGAAUGCUUCGUACUUGAAAACGUGCAAAAUGCUAGCAGAUUUCACAAUACAAUCCAAUCGCAAGGAAACCUACUCACAAGCCGUUGCGUAUUACUCAAUGUGCAAACAUUCCAUAAUCGAUAUUUAUACUAGUUACCGGGAAAGCAACAGUUUGGAUAGUACCAACAGUAACUCAACUCACGAUGGACUCAUAUAUACGUUAACCUUGAUGCUCUCUCGUGUGGGAUCCAAUAAAUCCGGGACUGAAUAUCUAACACAAAUUCUUCCAAGCCUAGGACUGACGAACUCUCCUAACGACCGAACCUGUGCCGAGGAACUUUUUGAACUCUUCCUGAAGUAUUCUCCGGAUAAUCUGACGCAUAUUGCCCUUAGCUCGUCAGUCUUCCGUGAAAUUUUAAAUGAUCGUUUCUAUCAAUUGUAUACAAGCUGCAAUUUGGAGCAGUUGUCACCUGAGAAGAAAGUCUGUUUGGUCCUCUGUCUGUGCUACCAGAACAAGCGUCAGGAAGCACUAAAAGUAAUGGAAACGUUACGAAGGUCCCAGGUUUAUACAGUUCUUCGGGAUAAUUGGUCGCAGCUACUAUUUGAUAACUUUCAAUCGGAAAACUAUCGAAAGUGUUCAUUCUCGGACCUCACUGAAGCCAUUUUGUUUGUGACUGAAUGUACAGAGAUUAUCGAAGCAGUUGCUGAUGUGAUCAUACGUAUCCUUAUUGUUACGCAUAGUAUCGACCUCAAUUUAAUCAUCAAACUGUUUAUGAAUUAUUUUGCCAUGAACGUUGGAUGUCCUGGAUACAGAACCUCUCAAAAGAUUUUAGAAAUCGUUUUACAAGCAUAUUUUUACGACUACUACAAAUAUAAUAGUCGCAUAAUGUUGGUCAGUGGAGCAGGACAAGGAGGUAGUGCAACUGAUGUGAUGCAGACUGAUCUGCAGUCUCAGCUUAACUUAUUCAGCACAGAUAGAGGUCAAUAUAGGCCGAAUACGAUUGUUUACUCGAGCCGACAACGGCGGCAAAGCCUCCAGCUAUCAGAUAAUUCAUCGGCCAGCACCGUGGUUGAUUCAAAUUAUGAAGACCCGGAAUUCGAAGCAAUGAAGAUCCUGUUUCGUAUGUAUCUAGGUCUUUUGAAGCAGUCCACCACAGAAAGGAGUGGUGUGGUUAAGAAGCCUCCACAUUGCAGGUGGAAUGGAUUGGACGUGUCGACAAUACUGCCAGACGUGAAUGGCUUUCGGUUAGCCUUUAUUGACUAUCUAUACCAUAAUACAGCCCUGAUUAAAACUACUCAUGCAAAAUUUGAUACACAUACAUUAACCAAUCAGCAACUUCAAAUGCAACUUGCACCGAUCCUUCCUGACUAUGAUGCAAUUGGUUCUGGGGGUGUUGAUUGUAGAAGCGGCGGUAGCGGUGGAAAUGAUGAGGAAGAAGGUGCGAAUGAAUACUGGCAGCUACAAACCGAUAGUAGUAAUUCUUUUCAUCGGCCUAUUGUGUUCUUCGAACGCCGCGAGAACUAUUUGAAUAAAAUGCCGCCGCUUUGUUUGAAAACAGACGUGAACGGUGUACCUUUUUCAAAUGAUUGGGAUGAGACUAGUUCAAUUGUUAUAAAAAUUCAGUCACUUUUAAAUAGUGGAAAGUUGGGUAGUUCGCUUAUCGACGACAUCAUAGCGUUCAUCAACUCUAAUCCGAAUGUAAUUGGAGUGGAUAGCCUUUUAACUAUACUUUUGCCAAAAUCCGAGGGUAUUGAACUGCUGAUACAUACAAAUCCACAGUAUUUGCUUGAUUAUGCCAAGGUUCGUCUGGUGUCACCUAAUCAAUGGCAGAUCCUUUUCAAAAAGAUACUGAGAAGAAAACGUGAGUUGAACGCCGAAACUCAUCAGGCAGCGAUCGAAUUGUAUGAUAGAGUCAUGGAAGAUAUUCUCCGACAUUUGGUCGCUACUAAACCGUUGGAUGAAUUCCUUGAAUGCAUUCCUGAAAACGAAAUAAAUCGGAAUGAGUACAAAAUCAAUACCUCAACCAAUAGUAAUUCCAAUAAUUCGUUAUCAUUUAACGAUGAGAACAAUGACGAGGCUAAUACUAAAGAUAAUAGCUUCUGGAAGCUAGGAAAGUAUCGUGCACAAACACAAGAUGGUGUCGAUGAGAUGAAUCCAUUUGAAUUGAUCAUGCGGGAAGCGGUUGUGAAGCAACGUAGUGAUGCGCUCGACGCUAUGAUACAAUCCAGUGGACGGCAGCUUAAUGAUGCCGUUAAUAAUUUUCAGUUGAACUUUAAUUGAAAGUAGUUCAUACGCGAGAAUGGUGGGUUCGGCAAUUAAUUCCUCUGUACGUUAAGACGAGAAAAUAAUAGCAGUUCUUUGAAAGUCUUCUCCAUCUCCAAAUCCCCUUUCUCACUCAGAUUGUUUAAGGGUUAUCUAUCACAAUUGACACCUCCGAGGUUACGGGAGUCAGUAGAACAGUAAAUAUAAAAAAAAAUAACCUGAAGAUUAUUUAUCUACACAUUUUAGUAUAAUUUUACAUAAAUAAUAUAUUUAGAGUCAAAGAUAUCUUUGCUAAGCAAAAUACUAGACAAAAUUUGAAUUUAAAUUCUACAGUUUCGUGUCAGACGUUUACGUGAGAACGCAAUAUAAAACAAGAAAAAAACAAGUAGUGAAAAUUGAAAGCAAAAGUUGAACUUUUAGAAAAAUUAUAGAAAAUUCUUCUCGUGAAAUAUUUAUUUUAUUAGUCAAAUUAUUAUCAUUAAAACAUGUCGAAACAAAGCACCGGAAAAUUUUCAAUGAAAAUAGAAAUCUGAGUUCCGUCGUUUUCCAGUCUUUCCGAACCAUUAUCUGUUUUUCCUGUAUUUAUAUAAUAAUAUAUAGGUUCCAUUAUGGUCAAUAGUAAAGGAAGCGAAAACAUAAACAUAUUCAAUAUAAAAAUAUCAAAAUCACAAUUAAUAGAAAAACAAUUAUCAGAAAUACAAUUUAAAAAAUAACUGCUCUCGUUAUAAAUUUGCACAUCUGUAGAUAAAUGCGUUAAGUUAGGCAUUGGGACUAUUUCAUUUAGGAAUAGCCCUAGAAUGCAUUUUAUAUGUAUGUAGCUAUUUCAUUGUUUAACGUUAUUUUGGUUCACUUAUUUUGUUAUUUAUUUCAUUUUUGUAUUUUUAAAUUAUAUUUAGUCAAUUAUGAAUUCCAACGCAACAGCCCUUUGUGGAUCUCACUUGUUUUCCUCGAUUUCGCUUCAUAUAUAUGCCAAAAAGAGACAAUGGGAACAUUUGUGUCAAAUUAGGAGGUAACAAAACCGAAAAAUUCACAACAACAAAAUCAUGAAAAGGAUAUAAGAAAUCGGGAAAAAAAUGUGUCAUUUCUAAAAGAAAAGUGCAAAGUGACACACAAAACCGUAUUUCAUUUGAUAUUAUACCAAUUUAGUAGUAAAUUUUAUAUUGUGCCUUUAAGUACUUCCAUAAACUUAAAAUUAAAAAAAAAAAAACUAUCAAACUAGUAAAAAGCAAGACGGACAAAAGAUCAUCAGCAAAACCAAAUCGAAUAUUUGACAUCAAUUCCAGUUAAAAGCAUCGAGAAAAUGUAUUUAUUUUACAAUAUUAUUCAUAUUAUUUAAAUA